CUACUAAUGAUAUACUACACAGGAUAUGGGACAUCACAGUGCUUCGAAGCGAGGGCCUCCAAGCACUCCGCUCAGAAAACGCCUGGCGACCGGUUAUUACCAUCGACGACUGCCGUUCUCAACAUUUACAUGAAGUGCGGCUAGGGUCUGACGGACAGAAUCCUGACCAAAAGUCAUCAGGAUUCCGGUUGUGAGUCCUUGUGCUUUCUAUGUAUUUCUGGAUAUUAACCACCUUCAGAUAUGAGGCAAACGCAGCCUCAAUUACAAUCAAGGCAUGGUAUCGACCGAUGGCCAGGCGGAGAAAGAAGAAGCUACUCGGGUCUGCGACCCAUUCGCUGGCCCAGCUCGAAACUGAGACGCAUAAAAUCGAGGUGCCUCUCGUACCUCAGCCCAACAACAUCAACACCAAUUCGUCUUUAUCACCUAUUAUAUUCCUCCGGGUCAAGCCUGCAUCGUCGUCUCGGAUACAUGAAAACGUUGCCACCCCAACUCACGACCUGCAACUCUCCCCCGCCCCGGAUGUCGUCCGGUCGUUCCCCCCAUCUCCUGAUCCUGGUUAUCUCACUCCUAACAGCCUCGGGUUGUCAAUGACGCCUGCGAGCACUGGCAGUACUGCUCGUCGCUCAUAUGACGAUAUCUUCGAGCCUCUUCUGCUAUCCAGCUCUGUCCUUAGUCCAUUUACAAUUCCAAGCCCUCUUCCUCAGCACCGUGAUAUCGACGAACCGCUCCCGGAGUUCAACCUCGCAGAGCAUCUCAUCUCGUCGAUCACGAUCUACCGCGAACUCAAAUGCGCAAAGCUAGAAAAAGACUUUGAGGCUGCAUUCUCGAAGCAACAGGAAGAAUGGACGUAUGUUGCGGCCUUGCUCCUAGCGCUUAUCGCCGUAAACACCGCCGUGUUUUCUGUCACUCCCGAUCCACAAUUUGAGGUGACGUCCCCCGCCCGGUCGACUGUAGCCGCUUCUGCUGUAACAUCUGGGUUCGGACUGGUAUGCGACAUAUGGUUCAUCAGUCGAUAUCGGUUUGGGCAUACGUCCACUCUCACACAGAGGUCCCUGGAUCUCUUUGGGACAUAUUUCUUCUUCUCGGUCUCUGCACGCAUACCGAUGCUGUGUCUACUGAUAUCUUCGGUGUGUUUGUUGGCGUUCCUGGGAAUUACGGUGUAUGUCGUCAGUUCUGAGAUUGUGCUGGUCGUGGCUAUCUUUGUUGGGGUGGGAAUGACGGCGCAGGUGUGGGUGUUUGCAGCGUAUUGGUGUGCGAGAAGAGUAGGACGUGGACUGAGGACGAUGUUUAGAGAACAUUGUUGACUUUACUGGUUGACAUGUUAUAGUCGGCUAUAGUACUAACGGUUUCGUGUUUGGUUAUCGGCAGAAUUGUUAUCUACGGUAGAUCAUCGAGAACACCGACGCGUAUCUGACGCAGGAUGACCUCGAAAAUAGAAUAUACGCAAUUUAUCCGG